GACUGUGUUGACAGCUCGCCGGAAGUCAGCAGCGGCUUUGUGUUUUCCUCCCAUCAGCGUCGCUUCUAUCUGACACUUUUACCCGAAAUACAUUCCUGUCCGAGCAUUUGGACACCCUAGAAUCAGAGAUAAAUGCCAGGAAUGGAGGAAUUCCACAACGGAAACGAGGGCUCCUUUAACUCAGAUGAGGCUGAAGGCAUCGUCAAAGAGUGUAUCGAGGGCGUGGUCGGCAGUGACGACUACAGCCAGAGUCAGGUGAACAAAUGGACCGCCAGCAUCGUGGAGCGCUGCCUCACUCAGCUGGUCAAACAGGGGAAACCCUACAAGUACAUUGUGACGUGUGCUGUGAUGCAGAAGACAGGAGCAGGCCUCCACACAGCUAACUCCUGUUACUGGGACACGACCAUGGAUGGAAGCUGCACGGUGAGAUGGGAAAGCCGCACCAUGUACUGCGUGGUCAGCGUGUUCGCUGUGGCCGUGGCAUAAACGCGCGCCCACGCCAUCACUACCACCAAAGGAGGGGUGCAGGGUGUUCCUGCGACCAGCAGGGGGCCACCAAGUGCCACAGAGUCCACACCCACACAGCUGAGAGGAAGAGGAGCUGUGUGUCCAGCCUUCAGAUGCAUGUAAACAUCCUCAUCAUGUUAAUGUAUUUAUCUUGUUAUGUCACUGCAGUGCUUUAAACCUUCACAUUCAGCCUGACAGCACGCAGCAGUCUGCACAAUCAGCCUCAUUCUUCUUCUGCAUCUUUAUCUGCAUCAUGCCAACCAGGAAAGGAGAGAAUUUUUUAACAGAGCGGGAAAAUAAACAUGAAGAGAUUUAUCAA